CCGGAAUCAGCGAUUCAAUUGCACAUCGCAACGCCAUUGGCACCCCUCUCGCUACCAGAUCAAGACCGGUCGGUAUAAUACCUUCGCCAUGUUGUCCUCCCGCGUUGUCCAGGCGAGCCUCCGCGCCUCCGCCCAACAGUUCUCCCGCAGAGCCGCUAUCAACGGCGUCCGAACCUAUGCCGCGCCCGCUCAGGAUUCCAAGCCCCCAGUCGCACUGUUCGGCGUCGAUGGAACAUACGCCAAUGCUUUGUAUACUGCCUCCGCCAAAACCUCCAGCCUUGAGCAGACCUCCAAAGCCCUCGCUAGCCUUGGUGAAGUCUUCAAGAAGGACGCCAAGCUUACCAGCAUUCUGAAUGCUCCCACUCUGUCGCAGGCCGAUAAGGCACAGAUCAUUGCCGAAUUGCAGAAGGUCGCCGGUGGUGCGGGCAAGGGAGAUAUCUUGAAGAAUUUCUUGAACACAUUGGCAGAGAACAACCGCUUGGGAUUGUUGCAGGGCGUUUGCGAGAAGUUUGCUACGCUGAUGGGCGCGUAUCGGGGGGAGAUUGAGUUGAUCAUUACCAGCGCUCAGAAACUCGACCAGAAGACCCUCCAGCGUCUUGAGAACGCUGUCGCCAAGUCUGAAUACAGCCAAGGCAAGAAACUCAAGGUUGUCACCAAGAUCAACUCCGAUGUCGUUGGUGGACUCAUCGUUGAGAUCGGUGACCGGACCAUCGACCUCAGCGUGUCUUCCAAGAUGGCCAAGCUCAACAAAGCUCUCACUGAUGCUCUGUAAAUACUAUAUUACCGCCUUUUGUACUCCAUCAGAAUCAACCAAAUAGAGUAACAUUUUUGUGUUUUCUAUGAAUUUUUAAGCAAUAACAUAUCCAUGUACGAGAUAGUUGAUUUUACCGACCUGACCGAUAUAUAUAACGAGAUUCGACAAUAAAUAUCUUUUUCGCUU